AUGGACGAACGGUUGCUGAACGAUCUGCUGGAAUGUUCCGUUUGCCUGGAACGGUUGGAUUCUUCCUCGAAAGUGCUUCCCUGUCAGCAUACCUUCUGCCGGAAAUGUCUCGAGGAAAUCGUUGCCAGCCACCAAGAGCUGCGAUGUCCGGAAUGUCGCGUUCUCGUGGAGGUUCGAAUAGACGAGCUGCCACCAAAUGUUCUGUUGAUGCGGAUAUUGGAAGGCAUGAAAACGGCGGAACUGAACAGCCAGAACACGAAUCAGACCAUCAAUGGCAAACCCACGUGCAAUCGCAAUCAAUCACAUGGCGCCGCUCCAGCGACGAACGCAAAUGCGGUCAACUAUCAGCACCACCAGCAACAUCCAUCAUCGGGUGGUGUCCACGGUGCUAAAAUAGGCAAAUCGUCCGCCCAUGGGACGGCCGACAACCAAGCACAGCCGCUGCACCCAUCGCAUCCUCAGCAACAGCAUCACCACCAUCAGCAUCAGCCACUGUCACGCAUUAUUGCAGCAAGCGGCCUAACCGGCACGGCAGCGAAUGCAUCCCUGGACCUGUCGAAAAUCCCACACGCUAAAGCGUUCUACGAUUUUUCCUCCAGCGAAACAAGUGACAUCAGCUUCCGCAAAGGCGAUAUUAUCAUACUGAAGAAGAAAAUAGAUCACAACUGGUGCGUCGGGGAGGUCAAUGGGAAGGAAGGUGCUGUACCGCUGAACCACAUAAAGGUGAUCGUACCGUUGCCGUUUCCGCAAUGUAAGGCGCUAUACGACUUUCGGAUGGGACCAUCGGAGGAGGAAGGUUGUUUAACAUUUAAGAAGGGUGCCCUUAUACAUGUUCUACGGCGUGUUGAUCAGAAUUGGGCGGAGGGAAGGAUUGCGGAAAAGAUUGGCAUCUUUCCGAUAUCGUUUGUAGAGAUGAAUGGACUGGCGAAACAUAUGAUGGAUUCAUCGUUAAAGCACAUACUGAGUAACUCCAAUCGAACUGUACCGCCGACACCUUUCGAUUUAAAUGCCAGUGCCACUAGCAGCAGUGAUACAAGCUCGAGCGUUACCACAAGUCCGAACUCUUCGACCAGCACGACCAGUUCUAACUCCAGUACCGCUCCCAGCAGCCCUACAGCUAACUUUCUACAAGCACAACCUGUUGCAACCAGUGGCAAACAGCAGCAUCAGUCGAAGCGUUCCGAUCCGGCAAACCGCGAAAAACGACAUUCCCUUACAACGGCCGGUAUAGUUUCCAGCACUGGCGGUGCUCUGCAGACGAAUCAAUCCGCCCCACAUCGACAUUCGACGGAAAUGUUGAACAGUGAUGGUGCCCCAGAUGGAAAAACGAUACGUCAGCCGGUGGAUAGUGUUGCCACUUCGUCGUCUCCAGCCGGAAUUCCCUACCCGAAGUGUAACGUGACGAAAGCUAGUCAAAUGUACCAACAACAUCCGCAGCUGCCGACAACGUACAUUGCACUGUAUCCUUACAAACCACAGAAGCCGGAUGAACUGGAACUGAAGAAAGGAUCCAUUUAUUACGUUACGGAACGUUGUCAAGAUGGUUGGUUUAAGGGUACAAAUUGGCAGAAGAAAUCAGGUGUUUUUCCCGGCAAUUACGUCGCCAUUCAUAAAGGCAGAGAUGGAGCUUCUCCUGGCAAUCGCAACUCGAGCGCACAUUCCUCCGGAAAAAUGAAUACUGUCGCCAGUCCGCAAGCUGGGUCAUCAGCGCCAAACAGUGGCUGUUCUUCUAACGGUGCCAUUCACAGUCAAUCCAACGGUGGGUCGUCUUCUCCUCAACAGCAGCCAUUACAACUUCCCGAGCUACCACCACGUAACACGACGGUGCCACAACAACAGCAAGGCAUGAAGUACAUCGAUUCCAUCUUCGGUCGCCAAGGAUCACUCGAUGGUGGAAGUCCCGGGUCGCCGAACAACGAGCAGCAGCAAUCUGCGGGCCAGGAUGCGGCUGUAACGACACCACCUGCUACAGGAAAGGUGAAGAAAGACUCGUCGGCUGUCAGUUUGAUGAAACGGUUGACCAAUAUGAAAAGAUCGAAAUCUCCUACCGGUGGAAAUGGAGGUUGUUCCGGUGGAACGGCAAAUCCGGCGUAUACGAGCGACAGUUCAUUGUUUGAAGAGAUGGCAGGGGCGGCAGAUGCGGCGAUACUAGCUGCGGGAGGUACUCCAGCCGGAUCAGCUCAAAUGGCGAAAGCACACUUUAAACAAAUUGCCAAUCCAGUCCAUGUGCGAUCGGGCUCGUGUCCAAGUCAACUGCUUCAGAAUUUACCGAUGGAUUUGAUGAUAAACGGUGUUGGGCCAACGCACUCAGCUCAACAACAGUCGCAUCAGCAACAUCACCAUCAAUCGAAUCAUCCUGCGCUCACAGGAGUACGUGGAGAAAAUGUUCCAAUGAUGUACGGUUCUCAGCGCAUUAAACCACACAAAGAGCGACCUUCAAUGCAUGGAUUUAAAUAUGGUGACCAUACUGUGGUUACGGCUAUGCCGAAACACAUUGCCCACGAAGCGCCAGCCUCGACGUCUUCGUCACAUAUGAUCGCUAAACAGCAGCAACAGUCCCAAAUUUAUCAUCGAAAGUCCCAAAGUCUUGAUGCCUCGGCAAUCAUCUCGCAGCUUGGGCCUUCGCAGCAUACUUCUGCUACGGCGACAGUCGUUGCCACCGUGGCAGCGAAUGGUACACCUUCGAAAUCAUCCUCCAAGUCGUCGCACUCGCAAAGCGUUCGGGAAAGAUUCAAAUGCAUCGUCCCGUAUCCGCCCAACAGUGAGUAUGAGCUGGAACUGCGUGUGGGCGAUAUUGUAAUGGUGCACAAAAAGCGUGAUAACGGAUGGUACAAAGGAACACACGCGCGUUCGGGCAAAACGGGCCUUUUUCCAGCUUCGUUCGUUGAACCGGACAUAUGA